CAAACAAAACAAAAUAAAAUGCUUUACAAUUUUGUUUACUUCCCUAAAGAGCAAAGGACACUAAAAGAAGAGGUCUGUGGCUUCAGGCCAUCACCAGAGAGGAUGAAAAUGGUAAACUGGCAAACACGCCAACACAGUGCUCGGAGCAAGUGACUGUGAUGGGCUGUCGAACUGCAUCUGAAGGGUUCUACCAAAGAAUAAUAUCCACUCCUGACCUACUCUGAAAAACAAUAUUUGAUUCAAUCAGUGUUGCGGUCUCCCCUGGGGGGACUUACUCCCGUGUAAUAGGUGGACCCUCAGAAAAGAGCAACAGUGGACCAUGUGAUACUUGACCUUCACAGAGAGAACUCAGGUACACUCUGGAAGAUGUCAAAUCUGAUCUGAAGCUGUGCUCAAGAGGAUCACCCAGCUCAUAAUUCAUCAUAAAUCAUCUUUUCAUGUAUUGUUUAGCAAAACUCAAACACCAUGGGCCACCAGUGACGGAGCAUAAUUAUCAAUGCUGGAUCUUCAUUUAUUGAGGAGUAGCAGACAUCUCAUCAUGGAUUUGAAUGAGAUUUUCUCCACCAAAGAGCGACUGUAAGAGAGACUGGAGUGGGAAGAAUUGGACACUGGGAGUUGGGAGGAUUAGCUAGUGUGCUGCUAACCCAUGGUGGAUCUGCUGUGAGCAGGACAAGGGACUCAGCAGUGGAGGAUGUCAGCGGAGGCCGAGCUCCAGCCGGGUGUCAAAACCAGCCAGCGAAGGGAGUCCAGGAGGAUCAAAGGUCAGGACCGCACUGAGGCGGGGCUUAUUAAGCGUUUCCGUGGAGAUGGCGUGCGCUACAAGGCCAAGCUGAUUGGGAUUGAUGAUGUGACAGCGGCACGUGGGGACAAACUGUGCCAGGACUCCAUGAUGAAGCUGAAGGGAAUGGCUUCUUCGGCACGUUCCAAAGGGGAGCACAAGCAAAGGGUCUUCUUGACGAUCUCUUUCGGCGGGAUCAAGAUUUACUGCGAAAGAUCGGGGGUGCUCCUGCAUCACCACUCAGUCCACGAGAUUAGCUACAUCGCCAAGGACACCAGGGACCAUAGGGCCUUUGGCUAUGUCUGUGGGAAGGAGGGCCACCACAGGUUUGUGGCCAUCAAGACCGCACAGUCGGCGGAGCCUCUCAUCAUUGACCUGCGCGACCUCUUCACGCUCAUUUACGAUAUUAAACAGCGGGAGGAGAUUGAGAAGAAGGCCCAGAAGGACAAACAGUGUGAGCAGGCAGUCUACCAGACCAUCCUGGAGGACGAAGUGGACGAUCCAGUUUACCAGUACAUAGUGUUUGAGGCUGGACACGAACCCCUCCGUGGCCCCCAGUCAGAGGAGAGCGUUUAUCAGGUCCCAACCAGUCAGCAGAAGGAAGGGAUCUAUGAUGUCCCAAAACGCCAUUUCAUGACUAAUAUCAACCACUUUGAUCUUUUUGGCGAUAUGUCCACUCCUCCCUCGAUGCCCCCAUCACCUGCCAACACACUGGACCCUAGCAGGAGCAGCCGCCAGCAGCAACACACUCCUGCUGAGAUGUAUGCCCCCUUCAGCCCCACCUCCGUGCCAUCAGGUUAUAUGACCAUGGGUCCAGUGCAGGCGGCUCAGUGGGCGCAGCAGCCGUUUCCUGCCCAGGCUCAGACUCUGGCCUUCCCCGUGCAGGGGCCCCUCCAGGUGGCUCAGGUCCUCCCCGGUGGUCAGCCGGUCAUCUGGAGCCAGGCCAACAUUUUCCCUGCCACUCAGCAGCAGUGGGCGGCCAUGGCGGCCUAUAUGCCAGCCCAGACUGUGGGCGUGGGGGGGCACGCCAUACCAGCUGCCAUGCUCCAAGGCCUGGUACCCAUUACCACCAUGUGCCCCCAAGCCUGCGACCUAUCAGCCCCCUCCUCUGCCAUCACCAGCCCCCAGCACACGGCCGACCCCGCCCUGUUUCAGAGACAGCUGAGCCUGGGGAAGGAAGGCGUGGACUCAGAUGCAGGCGAAGGCCCCUCUACAUCAGGAGCCGGAGCAGCAGGUGCUGGGUUUGGUGUCACGUCAGCAGCAGUGAGCAGGUGUGGGACCCCAGGCCUCAUGAGUGUACCGGACACACUGGCCUGCAGUCAGCUGCUGCCACCUUCAGCUUCUGUGACCCAGGAAGAGGAAGGGAGCUGUAGUGACCUUGAUCUCUCUAGGAUGACCUUGAGCCCAGGUACAUCCACGUCACCGUCUACUGAAUCUCCAUCCACUCCAGCCCCUCAGCAGAGCUCAUCUUCAGACUGCCCUCCUUCCCAGGCCAGUGACCCCCCUACAGAUCAGUCCCCUGUAGACCCGAUGGGCUCCAGCAACGCCAAGGAGGAACAAUCGUACAUUGCAUGCACGCAGAGUUAUAUGACCAUGGGUCCAGUGCAGGCGGCUCAGUGGGCGCAGCAGCCGUUUCCUGCCCAGGCUCAGACUCUGGCCUUCCCCGUGCAGGGGCCCCUCCAGGUGGCUCAGGUCCUCCCCGGUGGUCAGCCGGUCAUCUGGAGCCAGGCCAACAUUUUCCCUGCCACUCAGCAGCAGUGGGCGGCCAUGGCGGCCUAUAUGCCAGCCCAGACUGUGGGCGUGGGGGGGCACGCCAUACCAGCUGCCAUGCUCCAAGGCCUGGUACCCAUUACCACCAUGUGCCCCCAAGCCUGCGACCUAUCAGCCCCCUCCUCUGCCAUCACCAGCCCCCAGCACACGGCCGACCCCGCCCUGUUUCAGAGACAGCUGAGCCUGGGGAAGGAAGGCGUGGACUCAGAUGCAGGCGAAGGCCCCUCUACAUCAGGAGCCGGAGCAGCAGGUGCUGGGUUUGGUGUCACGUCAGCAGCAGUGAGCAGGUGUGGGACCCCAGGCCUCAUGAGUGUACCGGACACACUGGCCUGCAGUCAGCUGCUGCCACCUUCAGCUUCUGUGACCCAGGAAGAGGAAGGGAGCUGUAGUGACCUUGAUCUCUCUAGGAUGACCUUGAGCCCAGCAUCCACUCCAGCCCCUCAGCAGAGCUCAUCUUCAGACUGCCCUCCUUCCCAGGCCAGUGACCCCCCUACAGAUCAGUCCCCUGUAGACCCGAUGGGCUCCAGCAACGCCAAGGAGGAACAAUCGGGGAUGGAAGCUCUCAAGGCCAGGACAGAAGCUCAUGAGAAAGAGAAGAGAGAUGAAGGACUAACCAUGCUUUCUGUUGUGAUAAGGAUGAGUGCACUCAGUUUGCAGUGCUGUCUACUGCAUGUUAUUUUGAGCCAGGUACUGCUAAGCAAAGUUGCCGUCACAACAGUGAGCAAUGACGAGCCUAGUGUUCGUGAAGCUCGGUCAGCGGGCAACGAGGUGGUAGUUCAUCCAGUGGACUGUGUUUUAUCAGAGUGGAGCGCAUGGUCACGCUGUGACACCUGUCAGAAAAAAAGAUAUCGCUUUGCUAAGCUGGACCAGCCGUCUCAGUUUGGAGGACAGCCGUGCAAUUUUCAUGGCAGGGAGGAGGAGGCCUGUAACGUUCCAGACCGCUACACCUGUGACAAUGUUCCUUUGUGUGAGGGAUUCUUCUGUACCCAAACAGGUCGCUGUAUUCCAAGAACUCUGCAGUGUAGUGGGGAGGAUGAUUGUGGGGACAUGUCGGAUGAAGUCGGGUGUAAGAAGGUUUCCAAGCCCUGCAGGCAGGAGGUGGAAGAGUACUGGGGAAUCGAAAACCUCGCCAAAGGAAUCAACAUCUUGAACAGUAACCUGGAGGGAGUGGUGCUUGAUAACAGAUAUUACGCUGGCGGCUGCUUACCACACUACAUCCAAGAUGUCAGAUUCAGGAAGCCUUACAACUUGCAACAGUACACUCUACAGACAAAAGGCUCGUAUGAUUUCACCCUGCAGUCUUUUGAAUCAUAUUCUGACUACAUGGACCACACCGUGAAGGAGCGCAUGACCAAAACUACGGUUUCCUUUGGCUUUGCCAUUCCAGGCAUAGUUGAAUUUGGCUUCAACUUCAAUGAUGAAAAAUUCACCAAAUCAGUUCAGAAGGUCCGCCGUGCUUCUGGCAAGACUAACAGUUUUGUGAGGGCCAAAGCAGAACUGGAGUUGGCCCAGUACAUGUUGAAGUCAGACGAUCUGAUGCUUCACCCAGAGUUCCUGCAGCGCCUGCGCUCCUUGCCACAGUCCUAUGUUUAUGGGGAAUACAGACAGAUCUACAGAGAAUACGGCACCCACUACAUCACAGAGGCUGCACUGGGAGGAGACUAUGAGCACACCAUUAUCCUGAACAAGGAGAAGCUUGAGAAGUCAGAUUAUUCUUUGGAAGACUACAAGCAUUGUACGCAGUCAGGUCUUAAGGUUGGGGCCAACAUCUAUGGUGUUUAUGUGUCAGCGGGGAUUCAGGGUGGAUCCUGUGAUGGACUGCUGAAUGAAAUUGGAGAGGACACAGUGCAUGGCAGCAUGGUGGAGGACUUUGUUGCUGUUGUAAAGGGUGGGAGCAGUGAAUCUAUCACUGCUUUAGUGUCUAAAAAGCUUCCCACCCCGCAGCUGAUGGGGCUGUGGGGCAACAGUGUGCGUGCCAAUCCUGACUUCAUUCGCACAACAACACGACCACUGUAUGAGCUGGUGACUUCCAGAGACUUCUCCCAGGAUGCCACCCUGAAAAGAAACCUGAAGAGAGCCCUGUCAGAGUACCUGGCAGAGGCUAGUCCAUGUCGUUGUGCCCCCUGCCACAACAACGGAGUGGCUGUUUUAAGAGGCACCAGGUGUGACUGUGUGUGUCCUGUUGGCUAUACUGGACGGGGCUGUGAAAUCACUCAGAGGCGAAAAGAUAUAGCCAUUGACGGCAGCUGGAGCUGCUGGGGUGCAUGGUCAUCCUGCAGCGGAAGAACGAUGACAAGGAGUCGACAGUGUAACAACCCAGCACCCAGCAAUGAAGGCUUGGCAUGCAGAGGACUGCAGCAAGAGUCUACUGAAUGCUUUUAAAAUCUGCUCAACAGCCCUGAUUGUAAACCUUGACUUUAAGAUUUCUAAAAAGGUCAUUGAAAAUCAAGGUUUUUAAAUAUUUGAAUAAAAACAGACUUGGAAAUGG